GGAUUAGGUGGUAAUUAGCCGACCAACUUAUAGCUAGUUUGAAUUAGCUAGAUUGGCGUUGGAAAAUGGCGAACAUGCAAAUAGUUCUGGCGACCAAGAAUGUGGAGGCGCAGUACGUGGAGAUGAUGGUGCCAUUGUAUUCUUAUGGCUGCGAGAGGAAGGUCAAGAAGGCUUUGUCCCAUAUCAAAGGAAUAUACUCGGUAAAUGUGGACUAUAGUCAGCAGAAGGUGACGGUGUGGGGAAUAUGCAACAAAUAUGACGUGCUGGAAACGAUGAGGAGCAAGAGAAAAGAAGCUCGUUUUUGGAAUCCAGAAGACAAUGUUGAGAUGGAAAAGCCAAUGUCACCUCCUAAAGAUCACUCCAUUUUUAAGCCCUCUUUGGCCCUAAUGAAGGCUCGAUCAUUUAGCUUGAAAGCAUGGAAAAAGGUCUUUACCAGAUCCAAUUCAUUCUAACACAGUAAAGAAGAAGAAAUUUCAUGCCUAGCUUCUGACUUUGUUAAUAAUAAGAAAGACUACAUAUACGUAUGGAGGAUUUUCAAUUUUCAUGUCUCUUGUAAAUAUUGGGUACUUAAUUUGUACUAGCUUUCGGCUAUUUGACUCGUUGUAAUGAAAAAUUGAAAUUGCA